UAAAAAAGAACCGGAGAAUUUGAUACAAAUCCUAGUCACCUGAUUAGGUUUACUGAAGGCUUUUAGAGCAAACAACCCCAUUGCCGCGCCAAUUUGCCGUCACACCGAACCGUCUAGAGCUUGCGCUAGCCGUCGAUGCGAUGCUCCUUUCCCUUCCUUAAAUCCUUCUCUGUUGCAGAUUCUUUCGCCUCAACAAAUCAGAAAGAAGUGAAGGGAAAAAUGGAGGAGUAUCAGGAUAUGGAAAGGUUUGGCACGGACAACGAUUUCGAAGAUGGUCAAUGGAUUGGUGGUGAAUUCUACUACCGUAAGCGCAAAGACAAGCGUCGUCAGACCAAAGACGACGUCCUCUUUGGUGUCUUCGCAGACAGCGAUUCCGACGCUGUCGAUGAUGAUGAUUACGAUGGUUCCUCUUCCCGGAAGCACAGAAAGAAAGAUCUCUCCAGAAAACCCGACCUCACAAAACCUGUCAAUUUCGUCUCCACCGGCACCAUCAUGCCCAACCAAGAGAUUGAUCGCAAUUCCAAAGAGGACGAGGAUCGAAUUGAAAAUGCUGCUUCGGCCGAGUCCUCCGGUUUAGGCUUCUUCGGGGGUUCUUCUUCUGGUCCCGGUGUUGGUCUGGGUUUUAAUUCGAGCUCUUCUAUAUUAACCAAGAAAGAAAUAGACGAGGACAAGGACAAGGACAACAACGACGAUGGCGACUUCCUCCCUACUGCUUUUGGCAGAAAGAUCAAGGAAGGUGCACAGCAGCGGGUUUCAAUCGAGAAAUUGAAGUUAGCCAAGGCAUCUGCAUCUCAAUCUCAAUCUCAAUCUGGAGCUGGAAGGCGAGAACCAGAGCCUGGUGAUGUAGGUGCAUUCGAGAAGCACACUAAAGGGAUUGGGAUGAAGUUGCUUGAGAAGAUGGGUUACAAAGGAGGUGGGCUUGGAAAAAAUGAGCAAGGAAUUGUCGCUCCAAUUGAGGCCAAGUUGCGACCCAAAAAAAUGGGGAUGGGUUUCAAUGAUUAUAAAGAGACGAAAUUGACGCCAGUGUUGCAGGAAUUAGAGGAGAAGAAAUCUUCGCCUGGGAUAUCUCAGCCUGCCAGUCACUCCAAAGAGAAGCUCUGGUUGAAGCAAGUUCGGCCAAAGAAGAAGGGUUAUGUUACUGCUGAAGAGCUUUUGGCCAGGAAGCAAGAGCAAGGCUUGGAAGUUGUUCAAAAAGUUUUUGAUAUGAGAGGGCCACAGGUUCGUGUCUUGACCAACUUGGAGAACUAAUCUAGUGAGGAGAAAGCAAGGGAAAACGACAUCCCUAUGCCUGAGCUUCAGCAUAAUGUGAGAUUGGUUGUAGACUUAGCCGAGUUGGACAUACAGAAGAUUGAUCAAGAUUUGAGGAAUGAGAGGGAGAUGGUGGUCAAUUUGCAGAAGGAGAAGGAGAAGCUUCAAUCUGAUGCAGCUCACCAGAAGAAACAGCUGGACAAUAUGGCAGAAAUAGUUAGCUUAUUGGAGCAAAUUGGGAAGGAGAAUUUGCUCGGAACAUUGACACUAGACUCCCUCACAAAGUUAUUUGGGGACUUACAGAGGCGGUAUGCUGAUGAUUACAAACUCUGUAACUUGUCAUGCAUUGCAUGCUCAUUUGCACUUCCUCUAUUCAUUAGAGUAUUUCAGGGAUGGGAUCCUCUUCAAAAUCCAUCCCAUGGGGUGGAUGUGAUAUCUUUGUGGAAGAAUCUGUUGCAAGGAGAGGAUUGUUUUGAAUUUUCUGAUGCAGCAUCACCUUAUACUUGGCUGUUUAUGGAAGUUGUCUUCCCUGCUGUGAGAAUAUCUGGCACCAAUACUUGGCAGGCAAGAGACCCUGAGCCGAUGCUCCGGUUUUUGGAGUCUUGGGAAAAGCUGAUGCCUCCAUUAGUCCUACAAACUAUACUGGACAACAUUGUUAUGCCCAAAUUAUCAGCUGCUGUGGACUCAUGGGAUCCACGUCGGGAAACUAUUCCAAUUCAUGCCUGGGUGCAUCCAUGGCUACCAUUAUUGGGACAGAAGCUGGAGACUUUCUAUCACACCAUACGAAAUAGAUUGGAAGGUGUUCUUCAUGCUUGGCACCCUAGUGAUAUGUCUGCAUACUAUAUAUUGUCUCCUUGGAAGACUGUGUUUGAUCCAGCCAGUUGGGAACAACUGAUGGUCCGAUUUAUUCUUCCGAAAUUGAUCACUGUUAUGCAUGAAUUCCAAGUGAACCCGGCAAACCAGAAGCUUGAUCAGUUCUACUGGAUCCAAACCUGGGCUACCGCUAUUCCGAUUCAUCACAUGAUCCAGUUAAUGGAUGUAUUCUUUGACAAGUGGCAACAAGUUUUGUACCAUUGGUUGUGCUCAAACCCAAAUUUUGAAGAAGUGACUCAAUGGUAUUUGGGUUGGAAGGAGCUGCUCCCAACAGAACUACUGGCGAAUGAACACAUCAGGUAUCGGCUUAACCUGGGCCUUGACAUGAUGAACCAGGCUGUUGAAGGCAUGGAGGUGGUCCAACCUGGUUUGAGGGAGAACAUUAGCUAUCUUAGGGUGCUUGAGCAAAGGAAGUUUGAGGCUCAACAAAAAGCAGCAGCACAUGCUCGAGCUUCUGCAAGCGUUGGUAGUGGAACCCAGAUGGAGGGGAUGGGUGGGGGGCUUGACAUGAGCUUGAAAGAAGUUAUUGAAGCGCAUGCACAGCAGAAUGGCUUGUUAUUUAAGCCUAAACCUGGCAGAAUGCAAGAUGGUCAUCAGAUAUAUGGCUUUGGUAACAUAAGCAUCAUAAUAGACUCUCUAAAUCAAAAGGUAUUUGCACAAGCAGAAGAUAGGUGGUCUUUGGUAUCUCUUGAGCAGCUGUUGGAGAUGCAGAAUUCUGGUUUGAAGCGGCGCUGAAUUUCUAAAGCAGUUUAUUGUUUCUUGGGAUGAAAUCCAGACUUAUUUAAAGGUGGUUUUGGGCUGUAUAGACUAUUUCCAUGAUAAAUAUUGACUAGCUGUGAACUUUUAGGUUGUCUCUGGUGGCUUUCGAGCUCUGUUAUGGCUCCUGAGAAUGUCACUGAGCUUUAUUGAAAUUUUGGAUUGGAAGCUGUCCUGAGGUUUUCAAUGUGGCCGAGUUAUUGACUUUUGUCUUUUUAAUGUUUGUAUAUUGGGUUAAAGGUGAGUGAUGCUCACUAUAUAAUAUUGUUCUUGUUGUUAAUUAAAGUAUGCAGCAGUGUUUAGUUUUAUGAAAACUGUACCUUGACCUGACUUUCUAGUAGUUUUUAAAUUCUAACCUUAUGAAUCUGUUGUUAUUGGAAGUUUUAAUCUAGUUUUUGUCGUUGUAUAUAA